AUGAUAUCCCCGCGCACGCUCCUCCUCGCGCUGCUCUUCCUGUACCUUCACAGCUGGGCCACGGAAGCAAUCACCCUGAAGCUUCUGAUAGAUGGAAACACAUACACUAUGCUAUACGAAUCGAAGAAGGUGAAAUUUUCAGAUCUAGACAUCCUCAACAUCAUGUUCCAUUCGAACCAAGUGAAACACUGCGGCAACUCGGUUAUUUGUUAUCUUCUCAAAUUAACAUCCACAGAUAUUGAAAAAAUGAAUUACGUGGUUCGCCACAUCGACAUUUCAUAUAACCGCCCGCUGAAGUACGAAAAUGUUUAUAAAAUCAUCGGGGGCGUGACUAGCUAUGGCGUCACCUCCAUGAAGAUCACUUUGUUUGGGGUGGGAUCGGCCAUGAAAGCGGAGGAGGAAAGGGAAGGAGCAGGUGGUGAGAGGAGCAGCGACGGAAGCGAUGAGGAAGAUAAGCAUACGCCGAUGCUAAAGAUGAAUUUAUUACACGAUAAUGAGAAGAAAAAAACACACAGAAAUAAGCAGAAAACUAUCGACAAGUUUCUAAGCCAAUUGGGGGAUGAAAACGAAAACAUCACUGAAGCGAUUAACUUGCAAAACCCGUUGCUGCAAGAAAUUGCUUCCAAAAAAAAUUGCAUAAAUUACUUCUCCGCUGUUUAUACUUUGGUGAAAGUAGACGAUAAGGGGGAAAAAAGCGUCAUCGAUGAGGCCUUUAAAAAUGAGCACAUCCCGAUGGAUGUCGAUCAGCUGAAGGAAGCUGUUAAAGUAUUCUGUUAG